AAAGAAUAUUAUCCCUCAUCAGGCGGGAAUUCAAACGAUGUUUAUGUAAUAUAUAUGUAGGUUCUGAAUGAUGGAAAUCGAAAUGGAAAAAAGUGAAGGUCCAAAUGAUGAUACCCCGGUGGAAGAUCAAGAAAAGAAUGUGCAAGAAGAUGCUAAGGAUGUUGAUGGAAAGCGUAUGCAGUGUUUGAAGCAGAGUCUUGAUCUUAGUCUUGAGAAGUUUUAUUCCUCUAUCAAGUUCUCUUUGUUCAAGGAACAUUUACGUCCGUUGUAUGAGCGUCAUCCACAGGUUCUGAAAAAGAUGCAUGCACAGUUACUGGCACAGCUCAAGUCAAAUGUUGCUGAGGAAAUAGACUGGAUGCUGAAAGAAGAGAACAUAGGAAAGUUAUUAAAUGGUUUGAAUGAUCUGAUCGAAGAGAAUCCCAACAAAGGAAAGAAAGCCUGGCGCCCAUCUGGUAAUGCUGCCCAGGAUAUGCUGGCUCACACAGCCCCACACAAACUGAAGGAAAGGGAACGCUUAAGGGGAAUUGUUUCCGAUCUUCAGUCCCAGAACAAGCUUCUGAAGGAUGCUGUUAGAGCCAGAAAAUCUAAACUGGAACACACACUACAAAAAAUUCAACAGAAGGCACAUCAGUGGAAAGAGAUUGACCAAGUGGUUGAAAAUUUUGAUUUAGAAGAGGCAAAGAAAUUUCAUGUCAAAUAUUCAAAUUAUUCAUGUAUAAGGUGAUAAAAAUGCUGUUAUAUAGUGAUGCUAUUAUAUAUGAAUGUUUUUAGUAUUAGUUAUGUUAAACAUUUGUGUUUACUGCUAUGUACUGCUAAUCAUCCCCUCCAAGAUGAGUGGUGGUUAGGAUAUGUUGUUGUGAUCGUUGUACUUCUGCACAGGAGUGAGGCAUGUUUUUCAUUUUAUGCAAGAUCAAGAACGGAAAGUGUCAUUCAUUGUGCACCUAUGUUUGUUAUUUAAAGAUAUUUUCAAUAUUAAAUCAGUCCCUAUGUUGUUAAAAGAUAUUUUCAAUAUGAAAUCAGUCCUUUUCACAGUGGUUCAGUUCCCAUUGAUUUGGUUUCUACAGCAGACUGCUAUUUACUGUAUCAUAUAGUGUGGUCACAUGAUGCGAUUUUUCAUUAGAUUUUCCAUAAAUUUGACUUUGCUGGGGGAAAAAAUUGAAUCUUGUCGAAUACUCGAGUCAAAUUAAAAGAUGGAAUGAGAAUCAAAAUGAAAAUUAUGUUGGGUAAACAAUAUUUGAUAUACCUAAGCCAAUGUUACAAGUUGAAGGGAAAUAUUGCAUCAUGUUGCAUAUUUACAUAGGAAUUAGCAACAAAUUUGACCGACGAGAACUUUUUGUUAUGAUGAAAUUGUAAUUCUUGAGAGCUGAUAAAACAAGAUUCCUGUUUA